CUCUCUCUCUCUCUCUCUCUCCACGUCCUCACACUCUGUGGGGAUCGAUCACCUCCACCAGGAAACACAGACUUGGAGAAGCAGGAGCUGCAGCCACCUGAUGAUUUCACUCAUUUUCUCUUCUCCUCGGUUGUUUCCAGCUCAGAUCUGAAGCAGAGGAAGUUUUUAUUUCCAUGAGGAUCCGACACCGUGUUUCUCUCUCUCUCUUUCUCUCCUUCUCUCUCUCUCUCUGCCACGUUUUCACAUCAUAACGGGAGCUCCUGCAUCCAUCGGUACUUUUUUCCCUUCCCCACCAGGACGUGUAGAAAGUUAGUUUUGUGAACUUUUUCCCUGUGUUUUGGAGGGGCGGUAGUUUGCAGAAUCCAGAAUGCUGCCCCAGCUCCUCACCCUGGCCUGUGCGGUCUGCUGCUUUGGUUUUACCUCCGUCUCUGCAGACGUGCUGAAAGCUGAGGCUUGGCUGCAGUCGUACGGUUACCUGCCUCCGGGUGACGUCAGAGCUCAGGCUCUCCGCUCGCCACAGGCCAUCAAGACAGCGAUAAGCGGCAUGCAGAGGUUCUAUGGUUUGACCGUCACCGGCUCCAUAGACGCCAACACGUUAGAGGCGAUGAGCCGGCCGCGGUGUGGCGUCCCCGACAAGUUCGGCCCGGAGCUGAAGACGAACCUGAGGAGGAAGAGAUACGCUGUCCAGGGUCUGAAGUGGGACAAGUCGGAGGUGACCUUCAGCAUACAGAACUACACCCCCAAGAUCGGGGAGCAGGCCACGUAUGAAGCCAUCCGAAAGGCCUUCCGGGUUUGGGAGAGCGCCAUCCCGCUGACCUUCAGAGAAAUCCCCUACAGCCACAUCAGAGGCAAGGUCGACAAGUUCGCCGACAUCAUGCUCUCCUUCUCCGAGGGCUUUCAUGGAGACAGCACGCCGUUCGAUGGCGAGGGCGGUUUCCUGGCUCACGCGUACUUCCCCGGACACGGUAUUGGGGGAGACACGCACUUUGACCUGGCAGAGCCGUGGACCACCGGCAGCGACGACCAGGGAGGUAACGAUGUCUUCCUGGUGGCCGUCCAUGAGCUGGGUCACGCUCUGGGUCUGGAGCACUCCAACAACCCGUCUGCCAUCAUGGCGCCUUUCUACCAGUGGUUUGAAACCGAAAACUUUCAGCUCCCCGACGACGACCGCAGAGGCAUCCAGACCAUCUAUGGAACUAAAACCGGGGCUCCUCCUCCUCCUCCUCGACCCACAAAACCGUCCAAACCCGAAAAACCAGACAACGGACCCGACAUCUGCGAGGGACACUACGAUACCAUCGCUGUCCUCAGAGGGGAGAAGUUUGUGUUUAAGGACAAGUGGUUCUGGCGUGUGCGUAACAACAAGGUGCUGGCCGGUUACCCGAUGGCCAUCAGUCACUUCUGGAAGGGCCUGCCCUCAAACAUCAACGCCGCCUUCGAGAGGGAUGAUGGGAAGUUUGUCUUCUUCAAGGGAGACAGGUACUGGGUUUUCAGCGAGUCCACCAUGGAGAAGGAUUCUCCAAAGAGUCUGGCCGACAUGGGCAGCGGCCUCCCCACAGACAAACUGGACGCUGCCCUGUUCUACACACCCACAGGACAGACGUACUUCUUCAGAGGCAACAAAUAUUACCGCUUCAACGAGCAGACUCGCACUGUGGACAGCGGCUACCCGAAACCCAUCAGCAUGUGGAGCGGAGCGCCCGAGAACAUCAAGGCCGCCAUCAUGAGUGAGGAUGGAUCCUACACGUAUUUCUACAAAGCCAACAAGUACUGGAAGUUCAACAACCAGUACAUGAAGGUGGAGUCUGGCUACCCCAAGUCCGUGCUCAGCGCCUGGAUGGGCUGCGAGAGCGAGGAGCCCAAGAAGGGUCGGGAGGAGGUGAUCAUCAUCGAGGUGGACGAGUCGCAGGGCGGGGCCGGGCCCAUCGCCGUGGUGAUCCCGCUCCUGCUGCUGGUGCUGGUGGUCGUCACCCUGGGAGCGCUUUUGUUCUUCAGGAAGUACGGCACGCCCCGGCGCCUCCUCUACUGCCAGAGAUCCCUCCUGGACAAGGUGUAGGCCGAGCGACGGGCGACCGAGAGACUGCCGCAGAGGGAGAAAGAGAGAGAGCGAGAGAGAGAGGAAAAAAAACGAGGGCCGGGAGACGAUGGAAACAGAGAAGGGGGGGAGGAGAAGAAAGAGGAGGAGAGAGCGAGCGGAGGAAAAAAGACAGUGUUAAGUGUUCGGUGGUUUUUUAUUUGCCACGACAGAGCGGAAAAAAGGAGAAAGGCCCAAGGAACUGAAAUCAGGAAAAAUGCGUAUUUGUAUGUUAACUAUUUACAUGUUCUGUGUCAGGAGGUUGAAGAUCAAAGCCACCGUCUCACGUAGAGAAGGGAAAGAUGCAAAGACUCACCUCUCCUCUCUCACAUCCCAGGUAUCCAAACCAACAGAAACAUCCCUCCACGCUUCCUCCACUUUAACUGGACGACUCCAGCUGAACUGCUGUCUGAUUCAUGACUCCGCCCCCUGGAAACUUUACUAUUCUGUUUUUUAACUCAUAAAUCCAUCGUUUCAUGUUUGCUGUCAAGUCCAUUGUUGUUAUUAUUUUAUUUUAAUGCAGAAAGUGCUUCUUAAAAGUGCCAAAGUUCUAAAGACGAACCAUGAAAUAUCGCCUGUGUUAGCAUGAUAUUGUUUUCUACCACUAAAUAGAACCUCAGACUUUUUCGGUAAAGCCAGAAAUCCAAAUCAUCAAGUACUUGUUGUACUUUUGUUUGUGUAACAUGUGAGAACUUUGGCUUCUUUUUGUUUACGCAAAAAAAGUGAAGCAAAUAUUCACAUUCCUCAAAGUGUGGUACUGAAACAAGUUUGUCUGUUUUGGUGCCUGUUCUCAAUUAUCGUAUCAUCACUAUUGUGGAACAUUUUUAAAGGAGACAUAUGAUUUUUUGUUUUACUUUCCUUUGUGAAUGUAAAAGUUCUGCAAAGUUCAGAAGCCUCUUCUCCUCGACAGAAAACACUGAAACGUCAGUAGUUCGGCCCAUAUUUCCGAUCUAUAGUGAUGUCACAAUGCUCCACCCACUGGCUAAUCUGACACGCCCCUUUUCAAAACCAGGUAAUGCUUGAUCUGGCCAAUCAGAGCCGGAUGGGCAUCAUAGGGAGGGGGAAGGGCCUUAAAGAGACAGGAGCUUAAACGAAGUGUUUCAGACAGAGGCUGAACAGAGGAGCUCCAGCGACGGACAGAAUAAUAAAGCAUGUUAACAUUUUUAAGUAAUAACACAAUUAUGAAUCUGGAUUCUGGAUCAACAGGAUUCUCUCUCAUCUGCUAAAGAUGUUAAGUUUUAGUUAUUGUUUUUUUUCUUUCGGGAUGAAUUUAACGCAGCAGACUGAAGGUGGAAUAUUGGUAUCGAUGGUUUCAGACUUCUGAACAUGCACACGUGUGAUUUAUGAAUCAUGUUCGUUCAAUCAGAAGCGAUUUCCCCCUUGAUUGUCGCGUCAAAAACGUUUUUCUGCGACUCCAGAACUCGUCGUCCAGUGCAGUCAGACGGGAACUCGAUUCUUUCUCUUUCAACUCACAAACGACGGCUUUGAAAACAUUCCAGUUCUUUUGCUGCUUGUCCGAACCGGUCAGUGAGCGGUACAGUUUCCAACAAUAUGGUGCAAUUUUUUUGUAAUUAUUAUCGUUGCUAUGGGACAUUGUUGUUAUUAUAAGUAUGGUUAUUGUUAUUAUUGUUCUCGUUGGUAAGGUUAUGAUUUUUUUUUUUUUUUUUUUUGUGCAUUGUCAUUUGGAGUCCUGCUGGACAGAGGCGUAACAUGACAAUGGUGGAGGCGAAUCCCAGUUUACAUUCAGCACGUGGUGAAUUAGAUCCGAUCAGAGGGUGAAUGUUGGCACAGAAUAACAAACCAUGCUAUUUAUGAACUUUGACACUGAUGAUGGUGAUCAAUGGUUUUUAUUUUUUUUAACUCAAAUCAAAAUUGAAGGUGAAUUGAUGCAGUUAAUAACAAUGAUAAUGGUAAUGAUAUUUAUAAUGAUGAUCAUAUCAAUUAAGUGGAAUGAGAUUUUUUUUUUUUUUUUUUCCUGUCUGUUUUUUCACUUUUGUAUUUCAGUAGAUAAAGUGAAAUUAAACUAUUUUCUACAAA